CAUUGCCUCAAGAAACUUGGAGGUGGUGCCAAGGCUCCAGAGGACGGACCAGGGCUGCUGCACGCUGAGCUUCAUGCCUCGUGCGCCAGGAGACAGAGCCCCUGACUUACUCGCUCUGCUCCGCAGCCUCCAGGGCUCCUCUGCUCAGGACCCAGCACCUAGUAAGAAGUGUGCCUCGGUGUGCGCUUCGCAGCAGUGGAACACCAAAGCCCAAGAAUGGCGCUGCCCAAUUCCACGACCGCCACGCCCUUCCUGACCAGCCCGUGGCAGGAGACGGUUCCACAGGGCAGCGACGGGUCGGGCCUGGCCCGCGGAUCCCCGCUCCGGGAGGAGGGCCAGCUGGAGGCGCUCUACAUCCUCAUGGUGCUGGGUUUCUUUGGCUUCUUCACCCUGGGCAUCAUGCUGAGCUACAUCCGCUCCAAGAAGCUGGAGCACUCGCACGACCCGUUCAACGUGUACAUCGAGUCGGACGCCUGGCACGAGAAGGACAAGGCUUUCUUCCAGGCGCGCGUUCUCGAAAGCUGCAGGGCCUGCUGCGUCCUGGAGAACCCGGUGGCCGUGGAGCAGCCGCGCACUCGCCUUCCCGAGCCGACGCCUCCGUCCUGAGCUCCCCGGACAAUUCCCCCCGCAUCGCUCUAGCCGCACGCCUCCCCUAUUCUGUACCGGAGGGACACAGGGAUGAUUUGAUGGUACGGUUUUGUCUAAAAUCACAUUCCUUCCGGAACAGACUCUAAGUUUGUUCCCUAAUAUCUGUCCUUGUCUUUUUCAACCUCGCAGAAGCCUAGACUACAUGGCCUCUAAGCAUACAGGCUGCCUUCCCCCUGCCCCCUGUGACUGCAAAGUUAGCAAGGGCACGUGGCUAAGUUCUGGCCAGUAGUCAUGGAAAUGAUAAAUUUAGUUUCCAAGUAAUCUUGGAAAAGGGCAAGGGCGUGUCCUCCACGUUCCUUGUCGCCCUUCCCGGUGAAGGGACGUGGACAGGUGUUGAGCGGUUUUGACUGGAAGAAAGCGUGCUCUCAGAUACAGAACAAGAGUCCGGGGGCCCUGAGCAAGAUCAUAUGGCCAAUGCCUCCCCCCCCCCCCCACCUUCCUGGAUUGCCCACCUGAUUGGAGCUCACAGAAAAAAAAAAAAAUGAGCUUCCUUUAGCCACUGUGAUUUUGGUCUGUGCUAAUUGAUCACAGACAAUAUGGUAGACUCCCUGCCUUGUAGGGAUGCAUGCCCAAGCGUGUCACAAGGGACCCUGCUCUUUGUCAGCUCCAUGCUCACCACGGGGGCUCUGCCCUCUCUCUGCCCUGCCCCACCCCAUCAUCAGUUACUCUAGUACUUGGUGAGGAAUGCUUUGGAUCCCAGGGUCCUUUGAAACGCAAGUGAAAUCCACAAUCCUCCUCACCCCCAAAUGCACAGGGACAUAGCCUUUUGCCCACUGUCUUAGGAGUUAAUGACCCACUGGAGCCCAGCAGCGGCUGCUGGCAGCGGUGACCCCUGUGUGAGCCAGAUCCUGCUUCAGACAGACACCUGUUGCCCAGACUGAAGGACAGGAGGGUUGGAGAGGGACCCAGAACACUCACGACUCGCAGUGUGCCGCACCGGUGACCCACUGACCUUGAUAAUCCCCACACAGGGACGGGUGGGUCCUUAUCACCAGUUCACUUUCCCCCACUGAGAUUCCUGUGCCUUUUAAGGUAGAGGAGAUUCCAGGAACUUCACAGCCUCCUGCCCUUGAAGGACCAGGCGUCACACCCACUUCCCAGACUGAAAAUCUCUUAUCUCUUCCUCCUCUCUCCCUCUCACUGUGAAAGGGAGAAGGGGAGAGGCGUGGGGGGAGGGGGUAGCGGGGAGAUGAAUUGAGCCACAGAUUUUCAAAUGCCUCUUACUGUAUUUUAUAAUUAGAUUUUAUAUCCGUAGAGUACUUGUCAUGUGUCAGAUACGAUCCUCGGCCCUUCACAAAUAGGAUCUUAAUGGAUAUUUUGCAUGAAAUAUUUGUGUUUAUUGCAUAGAAAAGUAGCUUAAGAUUGUUUUUAAAUUAAAGGUUUUUAUCAUGA